AUGGAUCGACCAAUCAAGCUACUUUGGCCUGACGUUCCAAUGGAAUCUGAAGAUGAAGAGGAAAUCGCUCAACCUGACACGACUUCGAUCCCAUAUGCUUAUCCUACUCUUCUUUCAGAAGAACGCAAACUCGCCUUGUUCAAAUUUACUCGAAUUGUCACUCUCACAACGCAAAUGCCGACUCAGCUGUGCCAUGAUAUUCGUGGAUGGUUUAGACGCGAACGCAUCAAGCACAAUAGUCAUCUUUUCCCCAAGAUUGAAACUCUUCUCAUCACUGGCAAAUGCCUCAAAGACUGUGCAAAUUGGCACGAUCGACAUCUUGUGCGUGCAGAUGAUAUAGUGGAUGAUCAAUUCUUCGGCGUUUUUCCACUGUCAUGUUGUAUCAAGAAUCUAUGUAUCACCUCGCCCACAUAUGAUGAAGCUGACUUCGACGACUAUAUCUUACGACGAAGCAAAUCGGACGCUUACUUGCUUGCCAGUCCCGCUUUCAAAUCAAUGUGCUCGGAGAGGUUCAAGGAGUUAGUCAGCAGUGUGACACCUGACCUGAUCGUCAAUAUCACUAGAUGGCUCACCCCACUCAUAAAACCUCCAAAGGUCACACUCCACAACAUCAUCAGUCAUACGCUUCCGCUUUGUGAAGUUUAUCACACUUUAUUCUUAGCGCCCUACUCGCGAACCGAUCAACCAAAAACGCUUCACGAGAGAUGUCCCAGAGUGAACAAGACGACCAGAACGUCUCUGAUGCAAAAUCUGAAUGAUACUAUCUGUUCUUUUGAAAAGUAUGAUUUUAACAGGAUAGUCAUAGGUGUUCCGGACGCUGAGAUGGAAGACAUAGACUGGGACAAGAUCUUCGAAAAGGCCAAUGGAAUGUAUGAAGAAGACAUGUUCAAUGUUCAGAUGAUGAGUCAAUUGUCACCUUGUCCUUGCUGUCUCACCGAGGAAGGAAUCCAAUGA